AUGGAGCUAGCCACCCCGGCCGGACGCGCACCAAGACUCCGGCAGGACGUCGGCCGUCCGUCGUGGCCAUUCCCCGGCGCCACCGUACCCUCCAUCGUCGCCGGGAGAGAAAGCCGCCGCGCCCCGUUCCAUUUCAACUCAUCCCAUCCUUCCAAGUUCGUCGUGGAUCCCAGCCGGGCCGUCGGAUCGAUGGCCGCCGUGAAGAAGGUGGUGGUGAAGCUGGACCUGCACGACGACACGGGGAAGCGCAGGGCGAUCAAGGCCGUCUCCACUCUCUGUGGCAUCGACCAGAUCGUCGUGGACAUGAAGGACGACAAGAUGACGGUCGUGGGCACGGUCGACCCCGUGCACGUCGUCGGCAAGCUGCGCAGGCGCUUCUGCACGGUGCAGGUGGUCUCCGUCGGCCCGGCCAAGGAGGAGGAGAAGAAGGAGGUCUCCGUCGGCCCGGCCAAGGAGGAGGAGAAGAAGAAGGAGGUCUCCGUCGGCCCGGCCAAGGAGGAGAAGGACGACUGCGGGUGCGGGGACAAGAAGGACGCGAGCACGCUCGUCCCAGUGUGCCUGCCGGCGUGCUACCCGCCGCCGCACUGGUACCCGCCGCCUCAGCACCCGCACCCGUGCUACUUCAUCCACACCGAGGAAGGCCCCAAUGCGUGCGUCAUCUGCUGAUCGCCGCACAUUUUUUGCAGCCGGCCUGCAUUGCCAGCCGAUUGUUCGAUCGGGACUCAUCAGCCUACCUGCACCGGCGAUCGGCGGCGUGCGUUAUAUAUAUAUGGCCGUGUGAGCUAAAUAUUG